AUGGUGGCACGGGGCCAGGCCAAGGGAGCUGGGUUGCAGCCAGCUCAUGUCUGCGAGGCCUGCCUGGGCAGCCUGCCAGCCAGCACCCGGGAACGGGAACGAGGAGGGGGCAGAGUCUACUCCAGGAAGGACGGCUUUAGGAUCCGAGAAUGUGGCUCCCAAGCCUAUGUCUGUUACUGGCUAAGAGUGUACCUUCUGCUCCUUACAGAGGUUUCCCAUCUGCUCAUGGGCUCAGUGCAGGGGUACAGCCACGCCCCUCUGCCGCUUGGUGGCACAGCUGCUAUUCUGGCCCUCAAAUCCGGGAAGGAGGUAGCAGUGAGGAGAGGGCUGAUGGAGAAGGAAACCCGCCUGUUGGGCAGUGCCGGCAGUGCCAGAGAACAAGCAUCUGGUCCUCAGCAGCAGCCACCUUCACAAAGGCGCUUGCUCCUGCCUCCAGGUGCCUGUGCCGUCCUCUCCCUUGUCCCCAACUUCCUACUGGAGUGGCUGUCCCGAGGUGGUCAGGGUGUGGGCGAUUUCCCUGGAAAGCUGGCUGCCCAUCUCACAUGGGAGCAAGGAGUCACACCUAUCUUCCUGCUCCCAGGCUCUAAAGAGCGGCCGAUCCUCAAGUUCAAAGCCGAAAACGUCUCCAACUAUACAGCCCUUCUGUUGAGCAAAGAUGGCAGCACCUUGUAUGUGGGCGCCCGGGAGACCCUCUUUGCACUCAACAGCAGCACCAGCUUCCUACCGGGUGGGCAGUACCAGCAGCUGCCAUGGCCCGCGGAUGCAGACCGGAAGCAGCAGUGCAGCUUCAAGGGCAAGGACCUGAAGCGUGACUGUCAGAACUACAUCAAGAUUCUGCUGCCACUCAACAGCAGCCACCUGUUCACCUGUGGCACAGCAGCCUUCAGCCCCCUGUGUGCCUACAUUAGCGUGGAGAACUUCACCCUGGCACGGGACCAGGCGGGAAAUGUCCUCCUGGAAGAUGGCAAGGGCCGUUGUCCCUUUGACCCCAAUUUCAAGUCCACAGCCCUGGUGGUUGAUGGGGAGCUCUACACAGGAACAGUCAGCAGCUUUCAGGGGAAUGACCCAGCCAUUUCCCGCAGCCAGAGCCCGCGCCCCACCAAGACCGAGAGCUCCCUCAACUGGCUGCAAGAUCCUGCUUUCGUGGCCUCGGCCUAUAUUCCCGAGAGGCUGGGCAGUUCCCACGGUGACGAUGACAAGAUCUACUUCUUCUUCAGCGAGACUGGCCAGGAGUUCGAGUUCUUUGAGAAUACCAUCGUGUCACGUGUUGCCCGAAUCUGCAAGGGAGAUGAGGGUGGUGAGCGGGUGCUGCAGCAGCGCUGGACGUCCUUCCUCAAGGCCCAGUUGCUGUGUUCUCGGCCUGACGACGGCUUCCCGUUCAACGUGCUGCAGGAUGUCUUCACGCUGAGCCCCAGUCCCCAGGACUGGCGCCAAACCCUUUUCUACGGGGUCUUCACUUCCCAGUGGAAUGGGGGGACCACUGAGGGCUCUGCGGUGUGCGUCUUCUCCAUUAAUGAUGUGCAGAGGGCCUUCAACGGCCUCUACAAGGAGGUGAACCGUGAGACACAGCAGUGGUACACGGUGACCCACCAGGUGCCCACACCCCGGCCUGGAUCGUGCAUCACCAACAGUGCCCGGGAGCGGAAGAUUCACUCCUCCCUGCAGCUCCCAGACCGCGUGCUGAACUUCCUCAAAGACCACUUCCUGAUGGAUGGGCAGGUGCGCAGCCAGAUGCUGCUAUUGCAGCCACGAGCCCGCUACCAGCGUGUGGCCGUGCACCGCAUCCCCGUCCUGGACCGCACCUAUGAUGUCCUCUUCCUGGGCACUGGUGAUGGCCGGCUGCACAAGGCAGUAGGCAUCGGCCCCAGGAUGCACAUCAUUGAGGAGCUGCAGGUCUUCCCGCCAGGACAGCCCAUUCAGAACCUGCUCCUGGACAGCCACAGGGGUCUGCUGUAUGCGGCUUCCCACUCCGGCAUAGUCCAGGUGCCUGUGGCCAACUGUAGCCUGUACCGGAGCUGUGGGGACUGCGUCCUCGCCCGCGACCCCUACUGCGCUUGGAGUGGCUCCAGCUGCAGGCACAUCAGCCUCUACCAGCCUGAGCUGGCCUCCAGGUUAUGGAUCCAGGACGUUGAAGGGGGCAAUGCCAAGGAGCUCUGCAACGUGUCCAGGCCCAAGCCCCCAUCUUCCGUGACAGUGGGCCAGAAGCCCUGUGAACGUGUCCAGUUCCAGCCCAACACGGUCAACACCUUGGCCUGCCCGCUUCUGUCUAACCUGGCCACCCGGCUCUGGCUCCAUGACAAGGGCCCUGUCAACGCCUCAUCAUCCUACCGGGUGCUCCCCACUGGGGACUUGCUGCUGGUGGGCAGCCAGGAAAGGCUGGGGGUCUUUGAGUGCUGGUCACAAGAGGAGGGCUUCCAGCAGCUGGUGGCCAGCUACUGCCCAGAAGUGGUGGACGACGGAGUGGCACACCGAACAGACCAGGGUGGCAGCAUCCCUGUCAUCAUCAACACAUCGCGGGUGAGUGCGCCAGCUGCCGGCAGGUCCAGCUGGGGUGUGGACAAGUCCUACUGGAACGAGUUCCUGGUGAUGUGCACCCUCUUUGGGCUCGCCGUGGUACUUCUGUUUCUGUUCUUCCUCUACCGGCACCGAGACGGCAUGAAAGUCUUCCUGAAGCAGGGCGAGUGUGCCACCGUGCACCCCAAGACUCGCCCUGUGGUGCUGCCACCCGAGACCCGACCACUCAAUGGCAUCGGCCCCCCCAGCACCCCACUGGAUCACCGGGGCUACCAGGCUCUGUCAGAUAGCUCCCCAGGGCCUCAGGUCUUCACGGAGUCUGAGAAGAGGCCACUCAGCAUCCAGGACAGUUUCGUUGAGGUGUCCCCUGUGUGCCCUCGGCCCCGGGUCCGCCUGGGCUCUGAAAUCCGUGACUCUGUGGUGUGAUGAGACCACCCUGGCUUUAGGGCCAUGACUGCUUAGAGGGUGUCUGCUGGACCCCAAGCCUCAUGAACACAGCCAGGAGCCUCCCCUCAGGAGCUUGGGGCCUGCCCAGCCUGCUGCUCUCCAGCCCUGCAUAAGGCUGCUACUGCCCAGCCAGGUGCCCCGAUGGUUCUCAACGGAGCGGGGUCUACCUUCCAGGGCUAGAGGCCUGCCUGGGUAGGUAGGACAAUGCUCCUAUGUACACUGAGCCCUUUGUUUAAAAAACAGCUGAAAAUGUGAAACCAGGGGGCGCAGGAGAUGACGGAGAUGCCACACACACAGCCACCCAGUUCCCUUGCCUCCCAGAACCGCUGGGAACAUACCCCAGGUGGUAUGGGACAGAGUUGAAAACCCUGCGCCAACUGGCCUCUUCCACCUUCACCUUAGCCCCGCCUCACUACGCUUUCUUACAAGAGCUGGUGGCCAGCUCACGCCAGCCAGCCAGAUGUAGCUUGGCACCAUCACCUGCACCUCAGGGACCAGAGGGCUGGCUGGCUCUGCAGCCCUCCCCAGACGUUAGGCUCAGAACCUGCUCCUGGACCUUUCCAGCCUGUAUCAGGCUGUGGCCACAGAGGAGGAGCAUGAGCCUGGGAGCGUAUGACCACAUAGGCCUUUCCCCUCAGGAAGAGACUGUUUGUUGACUGCCUGCCUUCAUCCCAGCCUGAGAACCGUGUGUCCCUUUGCACCACGUCAGCUCCUCUUCAAACUCAAGCACAUGGAACUCACUGGAGCCUGGCUUCUCCCUGGCCUGGUUCCCUCACUUGUUUCCACUCUAAGGGAUAUUCACACUGCCCAGAACAGGGCCCUGAAUUCUGUGGGUUUUAUAUAUAUUUUUAAUAAAAUGCACUUUACCUUUUCU